AGAGAAGGCCAAUGUGACUUUGGUCUGAGGAUAUAACUGUGAGGAGAGCUGGGGAAAGCUGUAAUCCCUUUUAUUGAGUUCAAGGACAUGGGGGAAAGGGAUCAUGUUCCUGAAAGCCUGGUUCUUUCAGCUGUAUGGAUCCAGUGAAGGAUUCUCUUCCCUGUACCCGUUGUGACUGGUACCUGUCAGGUGCUGGCACAAUGUGUGUUGUGCUGCCAUCAUAUCCAAAAUAGGGGGAGCGGAAACUGAGCUGCAUUGAAAACCAAAACGUUUCCCCCUGGCCUGGGGCUGGAGCCACGCCAGGUGUCAGACAGCGCUCGAUGCGGCCGAAGGCUCUGUCUGUCUCCCGGAGCCCGGGCGGACCGCGGCUGCGGCGCCUCCGUGCCCGAGGGGCCGCCGCUCCCCGCGCCGCCGCGGCUGCUGCUGAGGGGCCGGCAAGCGCGAGCGGCCGCGCGCGCCGCGGCGGGGCGGGAAAGGCGCGUGGCUGAGGGCGGCUGCGCGGAGGGGCCUUCUCCUCAGGGCCCGGGCCGCGGGGUGACCCGGUACGGCGGUGCUGACCCGGUACGGCGCUGCGGCUGACCCGGUGCGGCGGUGCUGACCCGGUGCGGCGGUGCUGACCCGGUACGGCGGUGCGGCUGACCCGCCACCGCGGUGCUGACCCGGUACGGCGGUGCUGACCCGGUACGGCGGUGCGGCUGACCCGCCACCGCGGUGCUGACCCGGUACGGCGGUGCUGGCCCGGUACGGCGGUGCGGCUGACCCGCCACCGCGGUGCUGACCCGGUACGGCGGUGCCGGCCGGGCGCACCAGGGGUUGCCCCCGUGGUCCUUCGCGGCUGAGCUGAACCACUCCCGCUGCCAGACUGACAGAACAAGAACAGGGAUACAACCAAAAAUGGAAAAUCAGAAGGUGCAGAAAAACCAGUGUGAUAUGAAAACAGAUCUGAACUUACUGCUUGAAUGCCUUAAAUAUCAGAUGGACUGCCCUGCAUCUCAGAAAGAGGCUUUGAUCACUAUUUAUUCAAUUUGUCAACAAAACAGUGAAGCAAGUGAAUAUUUUCGAGAAAUUGGUGGUUUGAUGUUUAUAAAUGAUCUUGCAAAGUCAAGUGUUCAUUGCAUAGUGAAGGAAGCGGCUUUGUUUACCUUAGGAAUUAUAAUAGAGAGUAAUGUUUAUUGUCAACAAACCUUGUGUACUUCUGCAUUGUUUGAAGACCUCAUUUUAUUUUUAGUUAAUAAGGAUUCUGGUGUGAACUUGAAAAGAAUGUCUGUCUAUGUCAUCUUAGUACUGGUUUCAAAUAAUAAAAGUGGGCAAACCUAUGUCAGAGAUACAGGCUGCAUUGGUCUUCUGCUACAGUUAUUCAGAACAACUCUUUCCACAUCUGAGAUGAAUCUGUCAGAUGAAAAUACUAAUCAGUGCUAUCAGCUGUGGUCUUCAGUCUGCAGUACUCUCUGUGCCUGUGUUAACAACCCUCAGAAUGAAGAUAAUCAAAAUAUUUGCUGUUCAGUCUUUCCGUAUGCCAAAGAGUGGCUCGAAAGUUGCACAGAACCUGAGAUAGUUCGUCCUAUUUGUUCAUUUGUUGGUCUCACAGUUGCAAAUAACUCAUAUGUGCAGAAAUAUUUUGUUUCUGUUGGAGGACUGGAUACGUUAGCUAAAGUUCUCAUCAAGCUGAUGCAUGAUUCCUGUAUGAGUCACUCUAGCACAAAACUUGCAGUAGUAGUAACAAAGACUCUGGAUGCCUGCAUUGCUAACGACUCUGCUAUGGGUGUUGUCUUGACAAAGUAUCACACUGUGUCAGAGCUACUGAAGCUGCUGUCCAAUGACACUCUGGAUACAGGAGAAAAAAUCAGUAUUAUUCUAACAAUUGGACACUGUACUGAAGUUUGUGAAGAAAACCAGUGUGAACUGCUCCAGAACAAUGGUCUUCCACUUAUGAUUCAGGUAUUAACUGAGUCUCAGGAUGAAGAACUAAACAAAGCUGCUACUUUUGUGCUGCAAAACUGCAAACAAAUGACUGAACAGUUGUCCCUGCAAAUAAAUGAUAAUUCAUUAAACAUGGACAAUGCAGAAGAGUUGGAAGUGCGAGUCAGAAAAAGAAGUAUGCAAGACUACUGGAAGAAAGCCAAAGAAAUUUUACACAGAAUACAGUUGAUUGAAAAAGAGCAUAAUAAGGAGAGAGUGCAAGGAAGAGUAUUGGUAGACAGGUCUUCAGAAGCCAAUACUGAAGCAUCAAAAUACUAUGAAGUGAAUCCUGCUGAUCCAAAAAUUUACAUAGAAAGAACACAUAAAGAAGUACAUUGUCCACCAUUGACCUCUAGGUUGGAUGAUCAUGUUCUUGCUCCAUCUUCUCCACUGAAAAAUGGAAUAGUGAGCACUGUGGACCCAGUCAAUGCUUCUACUAGACAAAAUGAGCAGAGUAAUAUACCACAUUCACUUAAUGAACUGCAAACAGGCAUAGUACUUCAGAGGCACGGUAUAAAUGAAAAAACUGCUUGUGUCGAAAAUCAGUCUGUUCCUCAGGUGAGCGAACACACAUUUAAUCAACCAGCAGAGAUUGCUAAAAAUAUGAAGCAGACAUGCACAUCAGAUCAGCAUGCAUUCUACCCAGAGAUAACCAAGGAAGAAAAAUCUACUUCAGCUACAUCUGCAUCCCAUAAGAUGGCAAAUUUAAGGUGUUUAGGUUGUACAGCAGGACUGCCCUUCAAUAGCAGAACCUUUACCAAGGUGUUGCAAAGUUGUCCAUACCAGUGUGACCAUCACAAAGUCAUUCUGGAAGCUGAAGAAAGAUAUAAAAAGGAACUUCGCAAAUUGGCUGUUUGCAACAACAGUAGAUAUGCAACUUAUGAGAAAAUGGUGCUGACCCCAGUGAAGAAAGACAGACUGCAUACAGAAAUAGCAACUUUUAGGAGCAAAAAGGAUAGUUUCCAAAGUAUUCUUUUGACUCCAAUUAGAAAAAAUAAAUCUAAUACUUCAAAUAGAGAUGAACAUAGUAAAAAUACCAAGCUGACUGACAACUAUAACUUGAUACCUACGUAUAAAAAGUCUUUCAAAAAAACCCAAGAUGCUAACUUGAAGAGACAAAGAGUCAAAGAAAUGUGCAACCAGGAAUGUCAGCGCUUAAAAGAAAAUUGCAUAUAUUCACUUGACAAGGGUGAGAAAAAUACAUAUUUGUGGAACAAUGAAAUGUGUUCCCUGGACAUGAAGACAAGAACUUUAAAAAAGAGAAGAACCCGAAAAGAUUUCACAACUGAAGAAAUUAACUAUCUUUGUAGCGGAGUAAAAAAAAUGGGUAAUCACUGGAAUUUAAUUUUGUGGUCUUAUCCAUUUCAGAAAGGACGGACAAAUGUUGAUCUUGCCAAGAAAUACUACAGGUUACAAUUGCAAAGGCAAGAAAAAAAACAAAGAUAGUCAAUAACAUCUUUCAAGAGCAUUUUGGAUUUUGUUGCAGAAUGUCAAAGAACAGCUUGAUUAACCAUGAGGUAUUGGCACAACAGUACGAGCCCUGAGAGAAUUUAGAUUGGCUUGGACUCAUGGUUUUCAGGGUAACAUUUAUGGCCCAGUUGUUGUGCUUUGUACAUUUCAGUCACAUGUAAUUCGAUAAGGUGGUGUUUGUUUUCUUUUUAAUAAUGCUAGCAUAGCUUAAAAAAAUCUUUAUCAGUAAAAUGUAAUGUUCUUAGACAUUUCAUUUAUGUAACAUUCAGUUUGGCUUCCUGUUUGAAUCUUUGUAUAGUUUGCUUUAUACCAUUGGUAAGAAAAGGCUGUAUUGCUAAAAUGAGUAUUUUAUGUCAGAAACUGAUAAAUGUUAAUGUUUUUGUGUCUGAAUUUGUUUCCUCUCAAUCAGUGAAAUGUUUAAAACAGGUAAGAUAUUUUGUCAUGCACUUAAUGUGCUGUAUGAGCAGAAAAAUGUAUCUCUGACAGAAAACACCAACUUGCGUGUAGCAGGGAAAGUUUACAUUGGUAGAGUAAGUAAAUUGAAAUGGAAAGCCUAUGGAAAUGUCAACUUCUGGGUAGAAGAUUUAAUGUGUGGUUCCGCUGCAAUAUUUCUUGACAGAUAUUAAUGACUGGGAAAACAUUCCUGGACCUAUGUAAAGUACUUCAGCGUUGAACUAAGUAGAAUGCAGGUACUGAUAAGAUUUGGCUUCUGUUUACAGUUGGACAUUUGUGGUGUAUUAUUCAAGUGAGCAGAACUGCCGUUUCUGCUAAUUAUACAAUUUUUGUACAAAGCUUCAGUGAAAGCCGUAGUAACUUGAUUUUUCAAUGAUAACCUUAGAUAAAAAAUACAAAUUAAAUAAUAUUCUGAUAAAGGAAUUAUUAUUUAUUAGUUAAUUUCUUAUGGAAAAAGUUUAGUUAUCUUAUUAGCACUAGGUUUUCACUACAACGUAGCUUAAAUGCUUAGAAACAAGCACAAUAACAAAAACUGAACAUCUUGCAGUAAAGAUGAUGCCAAUGAGAUAAUAAAUGGGUCUUCUGAUACUCUCA